CAGAGCUCCACUUAGUGCGUGAAGCGUGUCAUUUAAAUAUCAAGCUCAGGACAACGUGCCGAUGACAUUUAGAUAUUUGUCUGUCGCUGAGCAAUAACUUGUGUCUUACGUUCAUAUAGGAUUCCAUCGCCAGGACAAAACACAAGUGCUGUAGGGGAUCGACAUCGUCAGAACACCACCCUAGGGUACCCGGAACACACAGGGUGCUCUUAGUCAGGGGAUCGAGAUCAUCGGGGCAUAACCGCAGGACACAUGAGUCGCCGGGAUCGCGAUUGUUGGCCAAUCUUAGAACACCAUGUGAUAGCCGGACCACACGACGCUACAAAGUGAGCCGCCAUCCUUAGGAAUAAGAUGUGACUACUAUUAUUAUGACCCAAAUCCUCACACCCUAAACGUCGCUUUCAGACGGACGUACAUCAGCGAUGUAUACUUUGUUUACAGGUUAAAGCGCGUGAGCAAGUAUUAAAAUGCGUUUUCUGUGGCCAUUAACUCCAGAUGAACAUAUACAUAUGAAUAUUUAAACAUUUAAUGUGCCCGGGGACACUACGUGUUUAUGUCUGUGCUUGGUCGUACGCCAGGGACGGCUUUUAAGUGAAUUGCCUAUCUCAAUAUAUUUUUAAAAUGAAAGGACCUAAAAUGUUAACGGGGUCCAUUUGUGACCAUGGCAGGAGACAUCACAAACGUGUGUCCUCCGCCAAAGGUAAGAGGGUUUUAGCUAAACCUGGACACAGUGAUGGCGACACAAAGAAAACGCAAGACAAUGUCGCGAGUCUUAACAACGUCACGGUAGAAACAGAGGAUGUGAAGGAACUAGACUGUGUUGAUGAAGACAAAUGUGUCACACACGUGGCAGACAUUUUACCUGACAAGGACGACGUAGUUCCGGGAUCAGAAACAGAGGACAAAGAUUCUAUUAAAUCCGACAGCAUAACGGCACCAACAGACACAGACAUUCUUUCUGAAAAACGACACAUCGUGGUCGAUAUGAACAUCAGGGACGAUGGAGCGGAGCUAGAGGAUGAUGUGUUUGAAAACGACAUAAAGAAAAUUCAAGAGGAAAAUGCAUUCAAAACUCUUAAACCUUUGUCGCGGGAUAGUCAGAAAGAAAAGGACCUCAACCCGAUUGACGAGGGCGAUGAAAGCAGCGUCCUUACAAUAGGGAAUGAUCCGGAGAUAAAACACGAAACAAUAGAUCAGACUCUGCCGGCUCCACCGCCUACAAAUCAGAAAUUAGAGACUAAAUCAGCCGUUAAUGCUGAUAAAGUCAAGCGCCAUAUUAUCAAAAGACCGAAAUCCGAGAAAUUUAAGAGACCAAAAUCAUCAACCGUAUCUGAUGAUAAAUCAAAGCGCCGACCUUUGUCUUGCGUGAUGUCUGGGAGGCCUAGCUCUGGCGGAACCACUCGGGCGACGAUAGUGCCAAAUUUACGUGUAACGAAGGCAGAGCUCGAAUAUUACCUACCGAAACGGAGUUUCUUCAGUUGUCAUGACAAAGCCUUGAAAGACGCUGGUUACGGUCCAGCGAAAACUCCCCGUCAAACAAGGAUGAUUGAGGCUUGGGCAAAACAAACGGAAUGCAAGACGAACGGAGAUAGGGUUCCAACUCCACAAGAUACGGAGAACACUUUGGACAGAGACAAUCAGCUAACGGCGGUGGGAGAUCUGGUAGAUAAGGGAGAUGACGCCUUCCAAAGACACCCAAGUGAGAGUUUGUCGGAAGUAGGUAAUAAAGAAAGUGUGCAUUCUGUUGUUUCACAACUUCAUGACCAAAAACUUAGUCGUCAGGUUUCCAAUAUCUCAAUUCGCUCAAAUGCGCCUUUGACCCGGAAGUUGUCUAAACUCUCACGGAGGCGCGGCGACUACGAUGAAGAUGAAAUAAGAGUAGACUUUCAGCCAUUGUUUUUGUACCUUAAAUACAUCAAUGAGAACCAGGAUGAAUAUCUGCAUCAACACAAACAAUAUAAAUACGGUAUUCCAUCCCAAGAUUCUAUUGUCAAAAUGGGAAACAUAUAUCGUCGCGGACGACACGGGUCUUCUUCCGAUAGUUUGCUUGUUAAUGCCGUGCAUGAUAUCAAGCCGAGAUUUAGUGACCCCGGCCAGUGGACGAAUACAAACAAAGAGAAAACCUUACUCAAUUUAACAUCAUCAAAAAAGGAACCUGGUCCGGUGUUAUCUAAACAUGAGUCGCAUGAUCCUGGGGCUGACGAACCGAAAACCGAGUUUGAGAAAAUAAAACACAAAAUGGAGGCGUGGUUGAAAACUGUUACUACGGCACAACUUGUGAAAGCCAAAGAGCUGGCCCUCCGAGAACUUGGCGAGGAGGAUGUCUCCCAGUCUCGCUGGUGGGUCUCCCUCAGGUCCUGUCACUAUCUGAGGUAGGAAGUAACCAUUGGCGGCGGUAGGUCUCACUUAAAACAUGUGACGUCAUGGUAGUAUGUGAAAAGGACUAUAGAAGCUCGGAUAGCCGACGGUGAUUGGUCUCGCUUAUCUCUUAAUUUGUAAUCAUUUUGACGUCUAAUAUAUUAAUUAUGUAAAAUAUCUAUGAUAGUAAGGACUUAAUAAACGUACAACUAUACGACUGUAUCAUA